AGAGGGAGGAACCAUUGCCGCUCCAGGUGUCGCACCAAACACACGGGGCACUUCGCUGUCUAUCCGUCUCGAUCUGGAUCAACGUCGCUCGAUGUCAUCACAUUGUUUCCUCGAUCUACAUACCUAGGCGAUCUGAUCGCUUUGAUAUGCGAUUUCAACGCUGAAGUCAUUUGGAAACUGCGGAUGCCACUCAGUUUGUCAUCCUCGCGGAGUGUCACCUUGCGUUUGUGCCGUUGCUCCACAACUUCAUUACGUCAUUUUUAUGUACCGAGGUGACCAGAAUGAAGCAAACCCUCAGCUUGUAAGAUGAUUCAUAGGAGAAAAAACUCCAGACAUAUUUCCGACAAAAGCAACACUGUCAAGACAGAAUUACCAACAAUGACACAUUUGACAAAGAUAACUUUUACCCAGACCGAAUGACUACAGGCGAGACAGACUUAAUAGGAUCUAAUAAUUUGGACAACAGAUAGCAGUAUAGUGGAAUAUUCAAGCCUUGAGAUGGAGGUGGAACGGCCGGACGUUGUAGAGGAAGAGUCCUUCUCCAAGGGUGGCCAAGACAACCCUGAUGGCAAGAAGAGCAGGGGUCACACUUGUGAACUCUGUGGAAGAAGUUUUCCUUUCCUCAGCUCCUUGUCCCAGCACAUGAGAAAGCACACUGGGGAGAAACCAUACAAGUGUCCUCACUGUGAGCACCGCUCAGCCCAGAAGGGUAGCUUAAAGGCCCACAUUCGCAGCCACAAACUGGACGGCCUCAGCCAGAGCACCAGCGGUGAGGAGGAAGAUGUGGACGAAGAAGGGGAAAAGGAAGGAGGGGUGCCAGAAGAUCAAGGUGGUUGCUCCAGUCCGACCGAGAGUACCUCGGCCUGCAACAAGGUUGUGAGCGGUGAGGAGUCGACCAAACUGAGGAAGAAAGGUGGGAAGAAGGAAAGAACCUCUAGUGAGAAUGGCAAACAGUCAGUGCAGUGCUCUCUGUGCAGGAAAAGAUUGUCCAGUCAGGCAGAGCUUGAACAGCAUAUGCAGGAGCUUCACAAGUUCUUCCGAUGUGAACUGUGCCCUUAUGAGACUUUGCAGGAGGGCCAACUCCAGGCUCAUGUUGAGAAGGUACAUCCAAUCGAGGAGGAAUCUAUCACCAAAGAAGUCUCUAUAAGCGAGGAAGCUGACGGUAAAGGCGAGUUCCCAUGUGAACAAUGUGACCAGGUGUUCACACAGGCCUGGUUUCUGAAAGCUCACAGGAAAAAGCAUCAGAACAGUCUGGAUCAUGGGUGCCGGAUCUGUGGACGCCGCUUUCGUGAGCCCUGGUUUCUACGUAGCCACAUGAAAACCCACAACACCAAGGUAAAACCAAAGAGUGACACCUACCUUCCGGCUACUGUCAAUGAGGUGGUGCAGGACGAGUCCAACUUGUUGAACGAAGUGUGUGUGUAUGAACUCUGUGCCAAGUGUGGAAACUUCUUCCACAACCGCAAGAGCUUGCUGUUGCACGAACAGGUCCACAGAAAUAUUGAGCAGCCUCCUAACAGUACCUUCUGCAGUGAUAAGGACUUCACAUCUGUCACCAAGACAAGCUUCUUGGAAUGCCUAAUCUUGAAACCAGCAGGAAAUGAAGAGAACCCCGCUGAGGGAACUCUAGGAAAAAGAAUCCCGGAGCUUGAUCCAGUAAGUAGCUACCAGUCUUGGCAACUGGCCACCAGAGGCAAAGUGGUGGAGGUAACGGAGAAGAGCCUGGGUUGGGAAGAGAGAUUAGCCGAUGCAGAUGUAGCAUACGACAGGGAAAAGGGCGAGUAUGUCUUGCUCAGACAGGACAAGCGGAAGAAGUCACUUGAUUCAAUGGCGAGUAUCCCAACCAAGAAACGGAGAGGGGCUGGGACCCAAGGCUCCAAUACAGAUCACCACAGCAAUGGAGAAAGGAACGGCCAGGUCUCGACAGGUGAGCGAAGCCCAGAGAAUCUGAGUGACACUGAGUACCGCCCUACUUCUCGCCCUAGCCGUAAGAAUUCCCAGAAAACCUCAGAGUGCUUGGAGUGCGGAAAAGGCUUCCGCACACAGCAACAGAUGGUGAUCCACAUGCUCAUCAGACAUGGUGGCUUGGGUGAAACCAUUGGUGGAAAUGGACUGUUCCGUAAAGCAACGUCCAGCCCAUCUAAAGCAGGCGAAUCAGCAGGACUCUUCAGGGUUCAAAAACAAACAGGGUUCUUUAGGGACACAGGUAAGAGCAUCGUCCUUAUUUUGGAAUUUAAAGCAAGCCCAACGUUUAAGCAUAAUCUCAGGAAUGUAUUCUUAAUGUUAACUGGAAACCCAAAGACAGGAAGCAGAGUGAUGGAGAGUGGUCUGCUACCUCAAGAGGGACUUCAUUUUAUGCUCUCUAGCAAACACAAACUCUCAGAUCAGAGGAGCUCCAAAGCCCAUGCUCCUCAGACCCCCGGCAGGUCUGAUUCUCAAGCUCAGGAUACACCGUCCGUUGCUGGGUACGACCCCUGGAGCAGACUUGGCUUGAGUGGCCCGUCCUCUCACUCCCAGUCCAAGAGACAGUCGACGACCGAUGGUCCAGAACCUGUGACAGACAUCCUGAGUUUCUUGAAGAACUGCAGUCCUCAUGAUCUAGCUGCUCUCUACCACCACUGGGGCUUCAACAGCACCAUGGCAGAGCAAGCAGGGUUGGCGAGGUCAGGGUCUCAGCAGGGGGAGUAUGUGUGUCCAGUGUGCAGGAAGAGCUUCAACCAGCCCAGCCAUUACCGCACACAUAUGAGAUCACACACAGGUGAGCGACCUUUCCAGUGCCGAUACUGUCCUUACAGCGCCUCGCAGAAAGGUAACCUGAAGACCCAUGUCCAGACCGUGCACCGUCUAGCCUUCGACAAUGCGCAGUACCUGGACAGGAGACUCCGCCAAGCCCCUACCAAUGAACCCACGGACCCUUCCGGAUCUCCCUGAGCAUGCCGACCUCCUCACGACCAGCUCAAAUGAGGGCAGAAAUCUUUAAAAGGUCCAUCAAAACACUUUGAUGCACAAAUACGGCAUUCGAGGAAGACAACGUAAUGUACAGCAUUGGAUUCGUUCGUGUUUUUAGUUUAGUUGGACUUUCUGUGUUUCCUUUUUAUUUUCACCCGACACAAAGCUCUAGAUUAAACUGAAAGGGGGGACACAUGUUUACACCUCCUUUAUCCAGAGACUUACGAAAAAACUUGAGGGCUAAAGCCUUGACAACACAAGGUCAGAGCUGAUGGAGUAGGACAGUGAGCUGCGUUCUCAAACCCAAGGACUUCAGCUGAUCCCCUAAACUUGAAAUGCUGCCUCAGAGUUCCCCGAUUGACUAGUUGUUAAAAACAAAAUAGCCUUAGUGCGCAAGGAGUGUAGUUUGUGCGUGCGUGUGCGAUUGUGUUUUCCACAUUCUACUUCUCAGGACUUGAGUGAGACGCAAUUCCAAAGCCUGCAUUCGUUCACACAAGUGUGUAACUGCACGCGAAGGAGACAUGCAGUGAAAUUCAUUACUUAGUUUUGUUGAUUAUAAGCAUAUAUAUAUAUAUAUAUAUAUAUAGUUGAGUGUGUUUUGUCACUGGUUGGGCAACACUUGGCACUAUCAUCAAAAUAUGCCCUGAACACCUUUGUAUUGUGUUAAACUUGGAAUUUAAAGUAUUUAUGUAUGCGCAGCUGUAAUGUUACAUAGGUUUCCACUUGCGUCGAGUGUCAUAUUCAUAAACCAUCUCUCUGAAGAGUUUAAGGUAAAGUCACAUGCCAUAUUUUGCAUUAGUGUCAUCUGAUUGGUCCAACAAAGUCAGAAAUAUUAUUUGUGUCUGCACUUACUUUUUUGAUGUAGCCUACACAAGUUUAAUGUGUUUCUCUUUUUUUCCCAUCAAACAUGUUUGCCUCGGUGGAUUCUGAAUAAUUGUAUCCCAAAAAAAGAAAGAAAGAAAACUUAAUUCAAUGGCGCAUCAGGUCUCAAAGCCAUGUUAAAAUGCUCACGUUUUUGAUGAAGGAUCUAUUUUAAUCUUAACAUGCGGAGUUGCAAGUUGUCUGUGUAAUCAUUUAAAUUAUUGCAUAAUAGAGAGACUAGUAAAUAGCGCAAGACUAGAUUGGGGGGAUUUAGUGUGUUUUAUAAUGUUAUUUAUAAAGCUUUAGAAUGCCAUAUUUUUUAGAGGUUGAAAACUUAAAAGCGAAGAAAUUCUUGGACAUAUAUUUCUAUGAAUGUUGUAUAUGGUAAUUAGGUAUUUACGGAGAUAGUCCUGCACAGCUGUGUACGUUUAAUUGCAUUCAGAUAUGUACAACAGUCAAAAAUGAACAUUUAUCUAGAGCAUUUAUAUUGCCUAAAUCCUUGUGUUGGAAACUAAGCCAAGAAAACUGAUCCUACAUUGCGAAUUUUGUUUUAGAAGAACCUCCAAUGUGAAUUUGUGUUGAUGCUCAGCAGUCAAACUGAAACAUGUUGCAGGUUCUAAGCAGCAGCAGUGACCCAGGAACUGAGAGUUAUUGCAAACGUGGUCCUAUCACUGCUGCCCUUGAGCAAGGCACUUAACCCUUGGUCGCUCUGUAGGGACUCCAUGUUCCUGCAAUUGAUGUCUUGGAAGUUGCAUUGGAUGAAAUGUGACUGCUAAUUGUAAUUUACUAACAGCAAAUCAACUUUUAAAAUAGGACACAAGAAACAUGAAUAGCUUUUCCUGUUAGCUUUUUAAUGAAUUUAAACCCCUAAGUACUAGAGCAGAAGACCUAAGAAAACUAAAUAGCAUGUUUUGAAUUAAUUUGCAGUUUGAUUGUUUGUUUUCUUCUUUAUGUAACACUAUUAAUUUUGUGGUUUGAAUAGAAGUAGUAGUUGAAUGUGUGGAAUGUAUUUUGUGUGGUUAAAAGUUCUUCCCUCCACAUAUAUUUUGUUCAAUGAAGUACACAAAACCUGUUGACUGUCAUCCUCAGAUCAUCUCCAACUCAUACAUUGUCCAUUGUUGAAGUCUUGAACUGCUUAAAUUAAACGUUACCUUUACCUUUGGUCUAAAUGGUAUUAAUGUUAGUACAAAUGGUGCUAAUAUUGAUCUAGACCAAUGUUUCCCAAACAGGGCUACAGAAUAAUUGCUAUGUGGUUUAAUUUGUAGACAAAUCUGUGAUUUUUUUUUUCUUUUUCUUUUUUCUAGGACUAAUUCUUCAUUUGCAAAAGUGUGUCCCGUUUGAAGCAUGUGGCUCCUCUGCUGGCUUUAAAGACUGAUUAUAUAGUAAGAUGCAAAAUCAUUCAAGUUGUGAAAUAACAUUUAGUUGGUGAAUGGCUUACUUCCCUACUAUAUAGAAGCCAAAAAAUACAGCAUGUGAAAAGAUAAGUAUACAAU